AUGCUUUCUGAUGGAAAUGAUGAAGAGUGUUUGGUGAAACAACUCCGUAAAGAGUUGCGUGAUUUAACAUGGGACGAAGACGAGAUGAAGCAGAUACUGAGAAAACACCAAUACAAAAAUGAAGAAGCUGAGAAGGAAAAAAAUGAAAUCAAAUUGAUUCUGGAAAAAGAGGAGAUGGAAAUUGCCAAGAAGGAAGAAGAAUUAAAACAUUUCCGGGCUCGGGUACAGUUACGACGUGAGAAGAUUGAGAACAUGCGCCAGCAGAUCUUUAUAAAUCAUAUGCGAAAAGCAGAAGCUGACGAACAGAUUGAAGAAUUGAAAAAGACUUUGGAAGAAGUAAAAGUGAAAGAAAAGGCUGACCAGCAACUCCUCACAGAUCGUUUAAAAGCUGUUCAAAACAAAUUACUUAGUGCUUCUUGGGUUAUUGCGCGUCAUAAGGAGAAGGAGAAAUUGGCCGAUCUCUGUAAACAAAUUGAUGAUGCUCGUACAAAGAAAGAGCGAUUGUUGCAGUCUAUUCAGGAGAAAGAAGCUAUUUUCGCGGAAAGCCGUGAGCUGCCAUUCACAAAUUUCUGUGUAGCAAUCGCUGCUAUCGCGUUAAAAAAUCAUGCUCUUUUGAGAAAGUUGGCACAAGAAUAUGUCACUAUUGCACAGCUCACUCAAGAAUUAUCAAAUCAGGGAAUUUUGGAUACAUCGGUAUUGUCACAAUACGGUCAGUCACAGAACAGUCAGAUUCAACCGCUUGAGGAAAAAGUAGAGGAAUCUUCACUGUGUUUGAAUAAUGCUGGGGAUGAUGAUGCAAGCGAAGAAAUGGGAUCGCUUGAUUGCAUGCGAGAAAAAACAGCUCUAGGAACUACAGCCGGUGAUGAAGUUCAUCUUAGCUUUCAAAAAGAAGUCGACACAACUGUGACCAUGCCAGCUGUAGAUGAUGGCAAAUUGAAGGAAGAUGUUAAGGUCAUUAUUAUAAACGAGGAAAUUGAAGAGACUGUAUCAAAUAUAGCGAUGGAAGUGGAUAAGAGCCAGGAAAUUAGCCAGACCUCCGAUGAAUUGAAAGUGAAUGCUGUAGGAUUUGAGGAAAGAAUGAUUGACAUGAAUGAAAAACAUGGUUUAAUUGAUAUGAAUAUUGAGCCGAGUCAUACUUCUGAUAAAUAUAUAUACAAGAUUUUAAAGUAG